AGCGACUCGUGAGUCUGCCAUAGUAAAAUUGUUUGGAAUUAGGGUUUCGGAAUCAGUGCUCCAGAAUCUAUGAAAGGUAAAAUUGUUAAAUUUUUCUGAUAAAUCCUCUGCUAACUAUUGUAGUUAUGCUUGUGGGAACAGAGCAUUGUCGAAACGUGUCGGUUAAGUAUGCAAAACUGAUAGCAACUCGUGAGUCUGCCAUGGUAAAAUUGUUUGGAAUUAGGGUUUCGGAAUCAGUGCUCCAGAAUAUAUGAAAGAAUGAUGUGUGGGGAGCUGGUGAAAUGGGGUCUUCUACAUUAUCAUAUUUGAUGCUCUUUGUGAAUGGUUAUGGAUUGUUGCGAUGCAAUGGAUACUCUUUUGUGCACAUUGUUUAAGAAAGCAACAGAGUUACAUGGUUUAAGCUUUCUGUUCUUAGUCUUUCUCUGGAGUUGGGAGAUUGAAAUGGCACCAAUGAAUGGAGAAGACACAUACAGAGAUCUACACCAACCGGCUCUAAUCACGGCAGGGUGUUUUGUGAUUGUGGCACUGGCCCUUUCUAUCCUCCUCAUUCUCCAACAUCUCCGACAUUACACCAAUCCUGCUGAACAAAAAUGGAUUGUUGGGGUUCUUCUCAUGGUUCCUAUCUAUGCCUGCGAGUCUAUCAUAUCGUUGUGGAAUCCAAAGUUGUCUCUUGUAUGUGACAUUUUAAGAAAUUGCUAUGAAGCGUUUGCCUUGUAUUCCUUUUGGAGCUAUUUGGUUGCCUGUCUGGGUGGAGAAAGGAGAGUUAUAGAGAUCCUUGAAAAUGAAUCAAGAAGGUUGAUUGAUGACAAGCCAUUGUUGGAUGGAGCAGACAAGCAUCAAGAUAGACAACAAAGAUCAUUUAGCAACUUCUUCUUUCGUCCCGGUGUCCUUGGAAGAGAUUUGUAUACAAUAAUAAAAUUUGGUCUUGUACAAUACAUGAUUCUAAAGACAUUUUGUGCAUUCUUGGCAUUCUUGUUGGAGCUUUUUGGUGUUUAUGGUGAUGGGGAAUUCAAGUGGUACUAUGGGUAUCCCUACAUAGCAGUAAUCCUGAACUUCAGCCAGAUGUGGGCACUGUAUUGCCUUGUGCAGUUUUACAAUGUGACUCAUGAGAGACUUCAAUCAAUAAGGCCACUUGCGAAAUUCAUCAGCUUCAAGGCGAUUGUGUUUGCUACCUGGUGGCAAGGUGUGGGUAUUGCCCUGUUGUGUGCAAUUGGAGUAUUGCCCAAGGAGGGAAAGUUUCAAACAGGAUUGCAAGAUUUUUUGAUAAGCAUAGAAAUGGCUAUUGCAGCAGUAGCUCAUGUGUACGUCUUUUCUGUGGAACCUUACCAUUAUGUCCCGGCUUCCAAUUAUGGGAGGGUCACCACUGACACAACCAGAGCUCCAAAAUUGGAGGAUAAUGGUGAGAAGAAACCAACUGUGCUUGAAAAGACAGAAACUCAAGUUAAUGUGCCAGGAACGAGCGUCACUGAGAGCGUCCAAGAUAUAGUCGUUGAAGGUGGUCAACGGGUUGUGAAAGAUGUUGUAUUGACGAUAAAUCAAGCAAUAGGACCUGUGGAGAAGGGUGUGGCGAAGAUCCAGGAGAGAUUUCACCAUAGAUCUGUGGGUUCUGUUGACAAAGAGGAAGAGUCGGAAUCUGAACUAGAAAUUAAAGAACUUUUUGAAGAAAAUGAUUCUUGAAAUGAGCAUUUCUGCAUUUGGUUUUGCUCUGUUUUUCCUUUAUUGGUUUUGUUGUUGUCACAUAUGUGUAUGUGUAAAUAGAUGUACAUAUUCGACUAAAAGUGCCCCCUUCAAUGAAUCUUCCAUUCCCAAUUUCCAAA